AUGACGACAGAGAGCAAAGUGCCUUCGGAAGGAACGCUGAGUCGUUACGACAGACUCACCGUUCUUAAGAAACUCUUCCACAACAAAUGCUCUACUCCAGGCCCUCUUUUUACACCUCCUAACCCUUCCUCCCUCCCUCUCUCUGUUUCUUUCUUUAUAAGAGUCUUUCUACUCUUUCGUUCACUUUCUCCUUUGCACUACUAUUCGCGACUCUGCGCCAAUAUCUUGAGUUGUCUGAUAAAAUGUCACCGUCUCCGACCUAAAACACCAACUUGCCGUGUAUCUAACCUCCUCCAUCAACUGACCUCCCUCUACACCCCGAGUCUGUCUAGAGGCCACUCAGAGUAUAUCUACUACCUCUGUGUGAUGGCUUUCCUUCUUAAUGGAGGUCUCUCUCUCUCGAUUCUUCUAUCUCCAUCUUUCCCUUCCCCCUCUCUCUCUCUCUCUCUCUCACUCAGUCCUUCUAUCUGCAUCUCUCUCUUCUCCUCUGACCUUCCACACUAUCUCUCUCACUUUCAAUCUUUCUAUCUCAACUCUCUCUUUCUCCUCUCCCCUCCCCACUCUCUCUCUCACUCUCAAUCCUUCUAUCUCCAUCUCUCUCUUCCUCUCUCUCCUUCCCACUCUCUCUCACUCUCAAUCCUUCUAUCUCCAUCUCUCUCUUUUCCCACUCUCUCUGUUACUCUGAAUCAUUCUAUCUCCAUUUCUUUCUUCCCGUCUCUCUUUUCCACUCUCUCCAUCUCUCACUCUCAAUCUUUCUAUCUCUCUAUUUCUCUCUUUCUCCCCACUCUCUUGCCCCUUCACUCUCUCAAUCCUUCUAUCUAUAUCUCUCUCUUUCCCCUCUCUCCUUCCUACUCUCUCUCUCACUCUCAAUCUUUCUAUCUUCAUUUCUCCCUUUCCCUCUCUCCUUCCCCCACUCUCUCUCUCUUUCUCUCAAUCCUUCUAUCCCCCUCUCUCUCCUUCUCUUGUCUCUCCUCUCCCUCUCUAUCCCUCACUCCCUCUCAUUCUAUCCCUCUCCUCACUGUGUGUGUGCGUCUUCACCAUCGGAACUGA